GCGUGCCUGCGCGCAUGCGUGCCUCCCCGGUGGCGACAGCGCGCUCGGCUGGUGGGCGGCCUGGUUGCGGGGACGAUGAGCGGCGGCCACCGGCGGAAGGAGGAGCUGACGUCGCCCUCGCAGCCGCACCAGCACCAUCCGCACCUGGUGGCCAACGGUGGGGGCGGCGGCGGCGCGUUGAAGGCCUCGCUGUGGAGCAAAGCGCUGCGGAGCGACUCCUCCUGGGAAGACAAGGAUGAAUUUCUAGAUGUGAUUUACUGGUUCCGGCAGAUCAUUGCUGUUAUUUUGGGAGUGAUCUGGGGCAUUGUUCCAUUGAAGGGAUUUGUGGGCAUAGCAAUAUUCUGUCUUAUAAAUGCUGGAGUGCUGUACCUUUAUUUUAGUAGCUUUCAGCAGAUAGAUGAAGAAGAAUAUGGUGGAACAUGGGAGCUAACAAAGGAAGGAUUUGUGACAUCUUUUGCACUGUUUUUGGUUGUUUGGAUAAUCUUCUACACUGCCAUCCAUUAUGAUUGACCGAGUCAGCCAAAUCAAUUGUCUUAAUAGAUUGAAGAACACUUUAAGAUGCAGCCUUUGAACUGGAGGGAAGUAAAAUAAGAUGGCUUUUAUACCUAUGGUCCAAGGAUACGGGACAAGUCAUAUGCCUUCUGAGAAGAGAAGUUGAGUCAGUCUUGAUUAUUUUAAAAAAUAUUCCAAAACACAAAAAAGCCAUCAAAAGACUAUUCAAUCUUUUGGUCCUUUCUGUGACUAUCCAAUAUGGCAACAACAAAUGUUAAUGUCCUAAAAAGGUGGCCAUGUUAUUUAAUUUGAGCCCAUCGUACCGUCCUCUGAAUGAGCUAUAUUUAAAUUUUGACUUGUCUUCCAUUUGCUAGAUAUACAGUUUUUAAAACUGUAACAUCAUGGGACCUUUGGCAGGAAGAAAAAUCCACAGAAUUGGUUAUCUAGCAUAGGUUUGAUGGUUGUCUCUGUUUUAAGAUAAUUAAAGAAUUGAUCUGAUUUAAUUGAUUGUAUUAAGUAUUAAUAUUUUAACGGGUUCCUUGAGGAUUUCUCAGAUUUGGGUUGUGUACGUAUUACAAACAUAAUCAGAUUGUUUCUGAAACUUGGGAUGUUGACUCCUUAAUGAAAAAUGCUAGGCUUACCUGGCUUGACUGUUGAACUUACAGAAUGGUCACAGUGAUUUAGAAACACCUUAACAGCCGACUAAUUCAGUGCCUACCUCAGAGUUCGAUAGUCUAAAUGCACAAAAUAAUUAAAAAUGUAUUUUAGAACUCAGUUAUUUCGGGACCUUGAUAGGUUUCUGAAACUGAAACAUAGCAUAGAUUAAUUAAGGCAGCUAUUGUCUUCUACAACUCUUCCAGAGUGAGAGUACAUUGACCUAUAGUUUCAGUUUUGAUCUUUGUGACUAUUAAAUAACAAUAUCAAAGAUAAUGACAUUGACUGUACGCUAGUUUAGCACACUUAUGAAUCAUAAAUAUAGAUGUUGUCUAAAUAAAAUUUUAUAUAUUCA